AUGUCUCACCUCGACCUUUACAACCAUAUCACGACCGAGACGCCCUCCAUCCGGCCCAAGGCCGUUCUCCCAGCCGAACCCGCGGCAGAAACCCCUAUGAAAAAGCUCCUCAACCGCCUCUUCACCCUCUCUGUCGGCACCCCUGCUGCACAAGGUCCCCCAACACCAAUGGAGCUCGACAGUCCUGUCGCCACCAAGAUUACCCCCGUCCUCGCGCGCCUCGCCCUCUCGCCCGAGACCAAGACUCCGACCAGAAAGCUGUUUGGGAUGUUCUCGGCGGACACGACCAUCAGGGAGAGUUUCAAGAAGGAGAAGGAGCUCGAGAGGAUCAAGAGGGAGAGGGAGGAGGCCAGAUGCUUCUGUGUGACCUGUAAGGGGGGAAGGUGGGGGGGCAUGUACUGCGCUGCAGUGACGGUGGUGGAGUUUAUGGAUUUUCAGUAUGAGAAGGGCAAGGAGGGGAAGGGUGAUGGGAAUAGGGGCAAGUGUGGGUGUGUGAUGUGCAGAGGGGAGUGGAGUGAGGGCGAGGAUGAGUGA